GCAACAUCUUGCAGAACGGAUUGUGCAGUUGGAACGGAUCGGGUACUGACAGGAACAUUCGAUCUCAUAACGUCGAAACUUCCAGCGCUCAGCUGAUGGAGCGUGACCUACAGCGGAGUGUAAACAGAAACACACUCACACCUCAGACAGCGUCCUGCGGAGCAAAGAGAAGAGGACUGAACAGGUUUCCAAACAGAAGACAAAAUGAAAACGGUCCCAAAGCGACAAUGGUUUUUCGUGCAUCUACACUGUUUCCUGAUUGGCAGUUUAGUUGACUCCUCUUCCCUCUCCUCCAUCCCCGAGUCCCUGUCGGUCACCUCCCUGGUGGGGAACCAGGCGGUCCUUCCCUGCAGCUGGAAGCAGCGCCUUGGCGCGCAGGCGCGGCCCGCCUCCUGCCACAUCCAGUGGGCCACGCCGGACGACACAGUGUUCGAGCAGCGCGGCGAGCAGAGGUGGCAGGCCGAGGAGUUCGAGGGCCGCGCGGAGGUUUCCGAGGAGAAGCUGGGCUCCGGGGACUGUUCGCUGAUCAUCAGCGACGUUCAGAUCGGAGACACGGGCCGAUACGAGAGCUUCUUGGUGGUGGACGGACGGAGGAACGUGAAGACCAGGGUCUUCAUUCAGAGCGUCAAGCUGUUCGUGUUCGACCACAAAUCCCUUCAGUCUCGAGGUCCAGGGGAGGACUUGGUCCUGGAUCUGUACACCCGGCACUCUGUGAGAGUCGUCUUCCAGGGCAGGAACAGCUCAGAGUGGUUGGACCUGUGGAUGAGGGGGGAUGAAGACUCUGCGCGUCUGGAGAAACAUCCGUUCAACGAUCAGCUGACCAUUAAGAACUUAGUGAGCUCGGACGAAGGGACGUACAAAGUUCUGGAUGCAAACGGCCUCGCUGUGAGCACCGUGCAGCUCUCUGUGAACGAAAAGCACACGGCUCGGAAAUCCUACCAGACCCAGGAAAAUCAAGUACCAACAGAUGACGCUGCCAAAAGCAGCUGUUCAGCACUCCUCAUCUCGUCUGUUCUUGUCACGGGUUUCCAAAUUCUUCAUCUGCUCUGAGAAGAUCUCCUCUGCAAAGUAACUGCACAUGGAUGCACAACAACUACAUAACGCACUAUAGCCAGAAAAUCAUACAAAGGCUGUCUUUCGGUCAGAUAUUGUAGCGUUUCUGAACUUUUUGACAUUUCUAAUGGGUCCAAUAAGCCGCGUGUGGGAGUGUUGAUUGUAACUUAAGUAGAGUGACAGAGUGUGUGAGAUGUGAUUUAAGUGAAAAAUAAAAGUUUGUACUGGCUGAAAAGAAAAUGUGUUUUAAAAGGAAUUAAAAAUAAUUCUGCAUUGUUUGGAAAUAUAGAUUCACUUCGAGAGUUCGAUGAGACCCCUCAGGGUGCUUUCACACCUAUAGUUCGGUGGACACGGUGCGAUUCGGGGGUGAAGUUGCAACAUUGUUUCAUAAUCCACUUAGUUCGGUUUGCGUUCACAACGCACUUUUAUCGCGCCAAACGCUGUUGACACAGGUCACGCUAUAGAGACUGUCGCUUGUUUAUUGGACAGAAUAGAAUCCAAAAUUACAGCGAGUGAAGGAGAGAAAGAUAUGAUUGUUGUUGGCUCUCUCCUGUGUUUUGGGUCAAAUCGCGUUCUCACCUGAAGUGAAGCGAAUUCUAGUUCACUUGGAAGCUAAACCGUGACCCCCUGUUUUCAAGCGGACCAGAGUUUGGUCCGCACCAGAGUUGGGAUGAGCUUUCACACCAGCCCCCCAAAAAACCAAACCGGACAAUCCGACCAAACGAGGCAGGUGUGAAAGCAACCUUAAUAUCGCUCACAUAUCUGUCCGUUAAAUAUAAAGCUGGAGUCCCGACGUGGUUAGCCUAGCUUAGCACAAUCACUGGAAGCAGAGGGAAAACCGCUAGCCUGGCUCUAUUCAAAAUUCAGAGAUACACCAAACCAGCAUUUCUAAACGCAGAAAAACAUCGCAAUAAAUACAUCUUUCUGCGACCGGGAGGCGUUUUCAUUCGUUUCAAGCGGAGGAAGAAAUUCUUUGUAAACAGGUCAACAUGACACAGGACGCCUGAGGCUCGGCGUGUUUUCGGCGUAACGCUCAUUAAUUAACAUGCUUGUAUGGAUUUGUGAAAUCCAUACAAGUGUAAAAAACAUGUUUUCUUUUUGUAUUGGAGGAUAUGUGCAAUAGUAUUUCUUGACCGGGCAAACUGUAAUUUCACAAUGAUUUCAUUUUAACACGCGAGGGUUACGAGUAGUCAACGUCACCCGUUUUGAACGUCAUCGGCCGAUUGAAUAGGAGUCAUCACUACCGUAGAAAUUAGGCGUUAGGGCCCUACUCUGCCUUCUAGUUUUCUCAGCAGGCCGUUAUCAUCUAUUGGUAAAGCUGGAUAACCCCUCCACGUCAGCAUUAGACGCUCAGAGCAACUGCUCCACUGCGGCGCUGUAAGAUGACGUAGAAUAAAGUGUGGAAGGUUGGGGUGGUGGGGUUUUGGCUCGAAGGGACACAGCUAUGACGACAGUUAAGUUUAGACACCAAAACGACUAGUUUAGAUUAGGAAAAAGGUCGUGGUUUGGGUUGAAAUACUCCCGAGUAAGGGGAACACGCAUUUGUUUGGCGAAGUACUUCGUAUUAACAUCAUAUUAUUACAUUAGACUGGUGUUCCGUGUCCCAUGUGAAACAAAACGUCCACGUUGACGUUUUAGGAGUUACGUAGGCUACGUAAGUUAACUUUCUCACGUAAUGUUCUAACAAUAACAGGACUUUCACCCGGGAGACAGGUGUUAGUGUGAAACCAAAUGUGAACGUUGACUUCUUUUUUUUUUUUUUUUUUUUUAAGUUAAGUCAGUUAACUUUCUUACGUAACUUUCCUUAUGUGGGAUCAGCCCUAUGUUCCCACAUUUCUAAGAUUUUUCUUAAAAUUAGGCCCUAUGUUCCCACAUUUGUAGGACAUU